AUGUCUUAUGAUCGGUAUUUAGCAAUAUGCAAACCACUGCAUUAUGCAGUCCUUAUGAAUGGCAGCUUAUGCCUUCAGCUAGCAGCUGGGUCUUGGAUAAGUGGGCUUCUGGCUGGUACCACACCAAUGUCCUUCAUGUCACAGUUAUCUUUCUGUGGCCCCAAUAAAAUUGAACAUUUCUUCUGUGAAUCUACAAAAAUAAUAACUCUCUGCUGCAGUGACACCUACCAGCUAGAGCUGGUAACCACCAUCUUGGCUGCUUUAUUCACCCUGCCCCCAUUUGCAUUAACCCUGGCAUCCUACGUUUGUAUCAUCUCCACCAUCCUGAGAAUCCCUUCCACCACUGGAAGGCAAAAGGUCUUUUCCACCUGCUCCUCUCACCUUAUUGUGGUGACAAUCUUCUAUGGGACCCUAAUCAUUGUGUAUCUGCUACCAAAAACCAACACACUGAGAGACCUCAACAAAGUGUUCUCUGUUUGCUACACAAUUUUGACUCCUAUGGUCAAUCCCUUCAUAUACAGCCUGAGAAACAGAGAGGUCAAGGAAGCCCUGAGAAAAAUUGUCA